CUUUAAGUUCCCGUUUUUAUCAAAGAAUUUAGCAGCUUCCUGCUACUUUCCAUCAAAGAGAUAUGAUUGCUUCAGGUCUUAACUGAGAAAUAUGGUCCAGUAGAACUGCUUACAGCUCAGCAAUGACAAUAAGCUAGUUGUAGUCCUGUAGGACCAUAUAGGAGAGUGUAAGAAGCAGCGACGAAAUGGAGCUCACAUGAGAUGCUACUAAUCAAACAGACAAUGAGCAAAAGACUUUAUGAAAUUGCCGGGCAAGCUGUUCACUUAUCUGAACCACUAAACACAUUAAAACUGGUUGUUCAGAAACAAUGGGCACGGAAAACCGCCGGACUAUGUAUCUCACUCUCUGGGGAUACCCAGAUCUUCAAAUAAUUUAUAUCUCAUUUCCCACAUAACUGUUCCUCACUGUUCACAUAUUGGACCCAACUUACAUGUAGUCCUCAUGACUCAUGAAGCAUGCCCUGAUCCAUUAAGCAGGUCAGUAUGGCGGUACAUUGUGAUAUCCAAUCGCCCAAACACUACCACUGCUGUCUGUAACAAGUGCCAAAGGGGCAUCUAAACAUUGCAUGUUUGAAGCUCAUGGCCUUGUCCCUUGCCAGCUUGCUUUGAUAGCUCCACUUAAGCUGCAUGCCUAUCUUCCCCCCCACCUAUAAAUACAUCAGCUCUGAACCACCGGUUCCAUCCACAAGCAAAGCACUACCACUAGCUUAGCACUCGACACAAAACUCUUGAGCUUUCUGCCAAGAAAGAAGGUGAUACAACCAUGGUCAGUGCCAAGAGACUUUCUCAAAUGGUAAGGAAGUGGCAAAGAGUGGCAGCCAUUGGGAGGAAGAGGCUCAUGUGGACUUCAGCAAAAGAAGUCGGUGAGUGCUGCACUUCUGUGGCAGUGAAGGGCCACUGCGCCAUGUACACUGCUGACGGGAGGCGGUUUGAGGUGCCAUUGGUGUACCUCAGCACGACGAUCAUCGGGGAGCUUCUGAGGAUGUCUCGGGAUGAGUUUGGCUUCACAAGCGAUGGAAGGAUCACACUGCCUUGUGAUGCAGCUGUGAUGGACUAUGUCAUGUGCUUGCUCAGAAGGAACCCAUCAGAAGAGGUAGAGAGAGCUUUCUUGAGCUCUGUGGUGAGACCUUGCCACUAUGGAAAUGGUUUGGAGCCAUCUAUGGGAGUUAGCCAGCAAGUAGCUGUUUCUGGCUUCUGAGGAUUCAUUGUUGGUUUUACCUUCUAUUUUCUGUCCAUCCUUUUGGAUGAUGUAAAUAGUUUUAUAUAGGAGAAAGGGAAUGAAAGAAUCAUAUUGGAAGUUGACCA